UGUAUUUACUCGGGUAAUAUCUUAAAUUGCAUUGACGUUUUCAUAAAAGUUAUGUAACUUUCUCUUCUAUCAUGCCAUAGGUGGCAGGAUAGAUUCUGCCAACUGCUCCUUUCCUGCUAAUUUGCAUGGUAAGGAUCUUCGCAGUAUCCCUAUGGAGAUGUUCAGACACUGUUACCCCCUCUAUCUGGAGACAAGGUACCCAUCUGCAGCCGAGGGCCACCAGGUACCGGCUGGGUCGGCCGGAGACUGCAUGCGCCAGCGCUACCGGCCUGUGAGUGUGCGUCGAGCGACUGCCACGGUGGUGGUAGCUGGGGUGGUGUGUGGCGUGGUGUGUGUGAUGAUGGUAGUAACAGCCACCUACGGCUGCAUCUAUGCAAUGCUGAUGGCUCACGAACAGCAGCAGCUGGUAGAGGGAAACAGCCAACGGCAACAGCCGCUGAUGGUGGCAAAGGAACCAGAGCAGGAUGAAAAGGAGGAUCUGAUGCCGACUAUCGGAAAGGGAGCAGAAGCCACAGAGUGCGUAGCGUGGAUGGCAUUUCCUCCAGAAGUGUGUGUUUAAAGCGGUUUAUCAUUGUGUAUAUAGAUUUAUAAAUAUUUGUUUGGGAGUGAGAGUUGGAGAGCAAAUGACCCAAUGUAGUUCAGGAGCAAUUACAGCUCCUACAAACUGGCUAAAAAAAAACACAAAAAGACAAAUAUAUUCAACUACUCUAUAGCUGUUAAGUAGAUUAAAGGAACAUAGAAAGAAAACGCUGAAUAUGAUUUUAUGUAAACGUUUUUUUUUUUUUAUGAUUUCUCCUAACAAACCACCUGUGUUUGUUUUCUUAUAGUUGCAAUCAAUCAGUUGUUACUUAGCAUAUUAGUAUAUUUUUCUAAAACUGAGAAACAUAUUUUAAAUAUAUCUCGGUUUAAUAUAUAAAUAAUUUAUGUCUUCAUUAGGGAUGCACCAGUAUUAAAAUUCUGGUUGACAGUUAUAGUAAUUAAGUUUAUUAUUAUUUUCAUGUUUUUAAAAUUCUGUAC